AUGCCAUUCUCUCUUUCCAACACCAAGGCUCGCUUCAGCAGAGCAUUUGAUCACUUCAAAAGAAAGAUCUCCGUCGCAGAGAUAACAGAGGCCCCUCAUCCAUCUAUUGACGACUUCCUGGCUCACCGCAAUCAAGAUCAGGAGACGGAUGAUGGCAAUGACUUGCCAAUGUGUCAGUGCUCGACUUGCCAGCAAGAGCUUCAGCCUCACGGCGGCAAUGCAAGCAACACCGCCGCUGAGCGGGUCGAUUCGAUCAUGAUGAAUACGCCUGGUCCCGGAAUCUCGCAGGUGUCACUCGUCUUCGUGUCGAGGGAUGCUCUUUCGGGCCUGCCUUCGAUGCCGGCCAAGCACAGCUCAGCUCGACGCCGGUCCAGCGCAAACACCUCCGUCACCACAUUCCAAUUCAUCGAAGAGAGACAUACGUCCAAGGACACAGUGAUGGCCAGUCCUUCAGCCCUCGUCCAAGCCUUCCGAGACUGCAUUCCAACACACCAAGCCCUUGUCGAUCUGCCGGACCCUUUCAGCCGACACUCCGAUCCAACCUACCGAGAAGGCCCAGCCAAGCGAGCUGAGAUUCGGCGGCAGGCAUCACAGCGGGCUCUACAGCGUCGGUGUUCCGACUUAGACGACGAGGCUGACAAGCUCGCUGCAAGGCUGGAAGAGACCGAGAAGCAGCUCAACGACGCCAGGCAAGAGCUUGAAAGCGUCCUGGACGAGCUGGCAGCCAGAGAAGAUGUCAACCACGACCUUCGUCACCAAUGCUCACAGAAGGAGAAGUCCAUCACAUACUGGAAGCACCAGCACGACACGCUUGCUCGCGACUUGUCAACCCUCCAGGACCAACUUGACCACUGCACCGAGCAGAAGCUGCUCGACCGUGACAUGAUCCAAUCACUUCUCAGGUGCAGACGCCAUCGACAUUGCAAACUCCGCUACGACGUUCUGCAUCUCAGUGAGCAACUCAACGCCGCGGUCUCCAAGCUUCAAGAUCUCAAAGACAUUCGGUACGAGUCCGACCUGCUCCAGUACGAGAUGCGCGGCGUCGAAGACAAACAAGCCGAAAACGAAAAGCUCGAAGUCCCGCUGCAAGAAUCGCAGGCACAAAAUGAAGUCCUGAAAGGUGAAGUGCAGGAUCUCUGGAACCAGCGUUCCAGCGACGACGACAUUGAGGCAACACAGCUGGCGGAGAGGGAAGUCUUCGUGAUGCACGAGCGGUUGCGGAUGGCGGAGCGGGAGUUGAAGCUGCGACGAACGAGUCUGGAGGUCGUGAGACAGAACAAUCGGGAUUUGGGGGCGGAGAUUGCGUGUCUGAGACUGCGGUUGGUGGAUCAGGAGAAGAAGGAUGUGAGGUGGACGGCUUAA